AUGUCUCCCAAUACGAAGAUGCCCAAAUCAUCAGAAAGUCUCCGCAGUCAGCUGCUUUGGCAUCAAGAUCAUACUACCUGGCAGCGCAUCAGUGGAGAUGACGGUGUCUUCCCCGCCCUUUGA